AAGAUUACUAUCAAAUAAGGCUGAAAGCGUAACAUGAUAAGAUAAAUUCAUAAGCAUGUUAACAAUUUUGCCAAGACUAGUGCCUCUAGUUCAAGUUAUUUGACUGCCUAAGAACUGUUUCUUAAUUGGACUGUCCAACUUGGUAUUCCAGACAUAAUACAGAACCAUGCCAAACCCAUUACUCUUUCUAACUUAGUCUCUACUCUCCAAAUUCCACCAUCUAAGGCUUGUUUUGUGCAGCGGUUCAUGCGCUUUUUGGCACACAAUGGAAUAUUUGAUAUCCAUGAGAGACAAGAAGAUCAUGAACCAACAUAUGCUCUCACCUCUGCUUCAAAGCUUCUUGUCAGUGGCAGUGAUCACUGUUUAUCUCCAAUGGUUCUGUUGAAUACUGAUCAACUUCUGACGAGUACAUACCAUCAGUUGGGGGAGUGGAUUCGAGGGGAGGACCUUUCAGUAUUUGAGACAGCCUACGGAACAAGCGGUUGGAGAUUUUUUUUUGAGAAAAACCCUGAAUAUUUUAGGCUUUUCAAUGAGGCUAUGGCAAGUGAUUCCCGAAUAGUAGACUUGGCACUCAAAAAUUGCACUUCAGUUUUUGAGGGGCUAGAUCCCAUCGUGGAUGUUGGUGGUGGAACUGGAACCACGGCCAGAAUUAUCUGUGACGCAUUUCCUAAGUUGAAAAAUGAUUGUGUGAUGCAGAUCUACUAAGUGUCCAUUUGCUGAUUUGUUUUGGAAAAGAAUAUUGCUAUAAUAGAGACAUAAUUCUUAAUUGUUUUUCCAGUUUUACUUUCUUUCCAGUGGAUUUUACACGACUGGAAUGAGGAAAAUUGCAUAAAGAUCCUGGAAAAGUGUAAAUAUUCUAUUUCAAGCAAAGGCAACAGAGGGAAAGUGAUUAUCAUAGAUACAAUAAUAAAUGAGAAGCUAGAUGACCCGGAUAUGACUCUAACAAAGCUUAGUUUGGAUAUAGCUAUGUGGACCAUCUUUAAUGGAAAAGAGCGAACUGAAGAAGAAUGGAAACAAGUCUUCACUGAAGCAGGAUUCAAACACUACAAAAUACUUCCCAUCUUUGGUUUUAGAUCUCUGAUUUAGCUCUAUCCUUAAUGCAUUUUUAUGAUGUCUGUAUCACACUCAACGUGUGUUAUAUACAUGAACAUCCUUAGACAUCGUUGUUAUGUAUUUAACAGUUUGCUUGUCGUGAAUUGAAUAAAGCUAAGAUGCCAUAUUGGAGGGGUUGUUUGUGGGU